AUGUCCGGCCCUUCAUUGCCUACUGCAAAAGCGAUCCAGGUGGACACGCGGGGAGCACUUAUCUUAGACGAGGAAUCCCCCGAGACUCGAGAUAGCAGGGGAAUCUAUCUGCCCAAUUACAUCGAACCCGUUUCGCACAUCGCUGUAGACAUAGGAGGAUCGCUGGCGAAAGUGGUCUAUUUUACCCGCUCGCCAGACCCGCCCAAGUCCCCGUCAAUAGCGGCAACAAGAGGAUCCAGCGUCGCCAGUGAUAUUUCUACUCCUUUAUCAACCUCACCAUCGAGAAGCACGCCCAUAUCGAGCUCACCACCACAUAGAGGGAUAGCACAUUCCAAGCUCAAUGGCGCGCUCACGCCCGCCGUCCUCGACCCGCCAAACGGACAUCCCAGCACCUCCUUCGAAUACCCCUUCUUCGAUCACAGCUCGCUUCUGCACGAGUCACUACUGCGGCGCGUGUCGGUGCAGCACUUCCCCGGCGGGCAGCUGAAUUUUGAGCGCUUUGAGACUGAACACAUCGACGAUUGUGUCGCGUUCAUCCAGGCACUCAUCGAGCGGAGCGCAAAGCUCAAUGGCGUGUCAAUGGCGGAGAUGCGCCGCGGCGUGAAGAUCAUGGCGACCGGCGGCGGCGCACAUCGGUUCUACGAACUCUUCGGGUGCGAGCUGCAGGUCGAGGUGCGUAGAGAAGAUGAGAUGGAGUGUCUGAUCGAGGGCUUGAAGUUCCUCACGCUCAUCCCCGACGAGGUGUACUACUUCUCGGACGAGCUCAUCAGUGCAGUAUCGCAUCCACCACCAUCGGGAGGUGCGCUAGAACGCCCAAGCCCGGAUCCACCAACGUAUGCAGUCACAUUCGAGGAAUCGCCCACACCGCAGCUCCCCUGUCUGCUGGUGAAUAUCGGCUCGGGUGUGUCGAUCGUGAAGGUCGACGAAGACGGAUCAUAUGAGCGAGUUAGCGGGACGAGUCUAGGCGGUGGGACGCUGUGGGGGCUGCUGAGUUUGCUGACGCCCGCUACGACAUUCGAUGAAAUUUUAGAGCUCUCGGAGCAGGGGGACAACUCGCGAGUAGACAUGCUCGUGGGAGACAUCUAUGGACAAGAUUAUAGCAAGUUUGGGCUAAAGUCGACGAUGAUUGCGAGUUCAUUCGGCAAAGUGUUCAAGAACCGUGGGCAGAAGGGUACCUUCACACCGCAAGACAUUAGCAAGAGCUUGCUGUAUGCGGUUUCGAACAACAUUGGACAGAUAGCGUAUAUGAACGCGGAAAAGUAUAAUCUAGACCGCAUAUACUUUGGGGGAUUCUAUAUCAGGGGCCAUGCGGCGACUAUCAGCACCCUCUCCUACGCUAUCAGAUUUUGGAGCAAAGGGACGAAGCGCGCGCUGUUUCUGCGGCACGAAGGGUUUCUCGGUGCGAUUGGGGCGUGGAUCAAGAAUAUCGGAGAAGAGCAGGAAGAAGUUUCAUAA